AUGUCAGCAGCCCUCUUCUCUACAACAACAUUUUCGAGGUUCGGUAGAUCGCACAGAUUAGCAGAUUACAGUGAUACGUUGUGUACCAAGAGUUUUCCCACCCAAGACACCUCUUCGGCGAAAUGGACGCGAUCACAUUGCGUAACCAAACUGAAUCGCCCCUACUACGCCUGCCUGCAGAACUUCGCAAUCGGAUUUAUGGAUACGCCUUUUGCGUAGAUUGCAUCGAUUACCAUUCGAACAAAUUCCGCUCGAGGCCUGACUACAACCACAAUCCUGUGCGCAAGACAAGCGCAACUUCACAAUCACUAUCCUCACUCCUCAAAUCUCUACUAGUAUGCCGCCAAUACCAUACCGAGACCAAAACGCUGGUAUUCCAGCUCAGUCCCUUCCGUGCACGUCCCAGAGAUCUAGUUGAAGCCAUACAAAAAAUGCCCGAGGACGUGCAGAACGCCAUUACAAUCCUUCGCGUCUAUGAAAAUCGAGAUUGGACGAGCACGAGGGUAUAUAACACGUCUUACUUCCCUCACCUUCCGAGUCUGCGAAGGGUUGAGGUCCAUUCUUGGGCUCCUAGGGUCGUGGGGGACGCGCUCUUAUUCGCACAUGAAUGGAAUAGAAGGCAUGUUCCGAAGGAAGAUGAGGUUUUGCGUUUAAGAGUUGAGAAAUGGUUCAGGGAUCUUAACUCCGAAGAAGCUGAGGAUGCGCUCAUGAGUGUUCGGACAUGGGCCAGCGGUUUGGUUCCAGAGGAAGUCGAGGUUACGUCAAUUGAUACUGUGGUCCCAGCUUAUGAACACACUAUGGAGAAUAGAUGGGAGGUUAUGUAGGUUCAGGCAUACCGUAGUCCUGUAGUCCAUCAGGUAAUUCUGCUAUGAUGCCGCACUUUGUGCAUGAGUAUA